UUACUUGUGCACACAGCACCUCGCAUUGCGAGAGCCUUGAUCUCUGACUGGGAGCCUCUGGAAACCGCAGCCGUCUAAAUAAUCAGAAUAAUCCUGCGGCUUUGCACAAGAGAGCAGUCUGACUUUGUGACCCCCACGCUGCAGCUUUCUCAGUGAGGUUUCAUUCCAGCGGCGGCCCACAGAGCACAGUUGAGAAACCACUGCCUAGAAACAUCAGGUCUUGUCCACUUCUGGAGGCAGGAUACGGGACUGAGAGGAGGGGCACGGACCCACCGUGUGGCAGAUCCUAAAUUCAGCCCUGUGAGUCCAGCUAAAGUCAGUGAGACUACUCCUGUGCUUAAAGGGCUGGGAAAGAAAUCCAGAGUUGUGACUCAGGAGGAGACUUUGGAAGGAGGACACCCUGAAUAUCUUCAAAGUGCCUUUCUGCAUUCAUCCAGGAGUGUUCAGCGCCAGAACUGAAAUUCAGAGUGUGAAUGUGCGACCUGUUGGAUGUGAGCGCCUUCUUUUAAAGCAGACUUGCAAUUUCCUAAUCUCUCACUUGCCUGGGAUUGUGGGAGCUGUACUUGAAAAAUCUCUAGAAUCUGGGAAUGUCUUGCGAAGAACUAAAUUCAAAACCCAAGCAAGUUCCAGGAAAAUGAAGUCCCAACAUCUGGAAAUAUUGAUGUCAGGAAAAGACCCUUCAGCGUUCCCGUAAGUACGUCUCGUCCUGGGCUUGGAGGACGCCUUCUGAUUUGAGAUCUGAACCAUGUCCCACCCAUCAUGGCUGCCGCCAAAGAACACCAACGAACCCGUUGGUCACAUCACUGCAAGAAUGGAGACCACGCAUGCUUUUGGGACCCCCAGCAUCUCUGUGUCCACACAGCAGAUGCCAAAGAAGUUUGCACCCGUUGUUGCGCCAAAGCCAAAGUACAAUCCAUACAAACAGCCGGGGAGUGAUGAUUUCCCUCUGCCACCACCGCCACCACCACUUCCUGGAGAUGAUCUCGGGAACCUCCCAGCGCCUCCUGGUGCCUUCCCCCCCCCACCCUCUACAGAUGAGGCUGGUUUCAGUGUGCAGGUAAAUCCCGGUGAGAAGACGCUUGAAGAAAGACGAUCCAGUUUAGAUGCGGAAAUCGACUCCUUGACCAGCAUCCUGGCUGACUUGGAAAGCAGCUCCCCAUACAAGCCCCGGACUCAACAGGGCUCUGGAUUCACCACCAGCUCCCCAGUUACUUCUCCCCCGGGAUCUACUCCGGUUACUGGGCACAAGAGGAUGAUCAUUCCCAACCAGCCGCCUCUCACUGCCACCAAGAAAUCUACUGCCAAGGCACCGGUGCAACCUGCUGCUCUGCCUGCCCCAGUCCCAGUUACUCCUGUUGGUACACUAAAGCCUCAGCCACAGCCAGUUCCAGCUUCUUAUAUCACCGCGUCCACGCCCACCCGACCAGCGUUCAACGUACAGGUGAAAACAGCCCAGCCAAGCCCUCACUUCCAGCCACCUGGCCCACCGCCCGUUCAGUAUGGGCUGGGUUCAAACCAGUCCUACGCUCCUCAGCCAGCACGGCCCCCGGGGCCAGCGCAGUAUGUUCCAUCUCAGCCUCGAGGCCCUGACUAUGGGUAUGCUCCCCAGCCUGCACGUCCUUCGGAACCUGGCUAUGGCUAUGCACCUUCACAGGGGCGAUAUCAAGAUCUUUACUACCCUGCAGGCCCUGGAUAUGGCGGAAGAAAUGGCUCAGAACCAUCCUAUGUGCCGCAAAACACCUGGAAGCCCGAGCCGGCCUAUCCCACAGCUAACACCGUGGCCCAAAAUCCACCUGGGACGUACCAACCGCCCAGCACAAAAAAGACCUACAUUACAGAUCCGGUGUUGGCACCUCCUCCACCACCCAUGCAGCCAAAGAGUGGGUAUCCUGCCUCUGGCUCGGCAUCAAACGCUCCUUUGUUCAGACCCGAGGAUGAGCUGGAACAUCUGACCAAGAAGAUGCUGUAUGACAUGGAGAAUCCACCCUCUGAUGACUACUUUGGCCGCUGUUCCCGUUGCGGUGAGAAUGUUGUCGGGGAAGGCACUGGCUGCACCGCCAUGGACCAGGUGUUCCACGUGGAAUGUUUUACCUGCAUGACCUGUGGUAACAAGCUCAGAGGGCAGCCUUUCUACGCAGUGGAGAAGAAAGCGUAUUGUGAACCCUGCUACAUCAACACACUGGAACAGUGCAGCGUCUGUGCCAAACCCAUCAUGGAGAGGAUCCUGCGCGCCACGGGGAAAGCCUACCACCCCCACUGCUUCACCUGUGUGAUGUGCCACCGCAGCCUGGAUGGCAUCCCCUUCACUGUGGAUGCCGGAGGGAACAUUCACUGCAUCGAGGAUUUCCACAAGAAAUUUGCACCACGAUGUUCCGUGUGUAAGGAGCCCAUUAUGCCUGCCCCGGGUCAAGAGGAGACCAUACGCAUUGUGGCAUUAGAUCGUGACUUCCAUGUCCAGUGCUACCGGUGUGAGGACUGUGGUGGCCUCCUGUCUGAAGGGGACAAUCAGGGCUGUUACCCUCUGGAUGGACACAUCCUUUGCAAGACCUGCAACUCAGCUCGGAUCCAGGCACUCACCGCUAAGGCCAGCACUGACCUUUGAGCAUCUACCACCACACUCCCAUAUUUGCCUGUUGGGGGAAUUGCACAACCUUUCCAUUUAGCAUGACUCCUUUCCAGCCUAGGACCUAAUUCUUUAUUGAACAAGUAAAGCCGGAAGGCCUUGGGACAAGCGGGCAGUUUCUAACUUUAUCUCUAUUUGAUUCACAUCUCCUAAGAAGCACAUUAAAAUUGGGAUGAUUGGGCUCGAUUCUCUUCUUACUCUGGUGUGAGGGCCUGAUCCUACUCCCAUUGACAUCAGUGGGAAGCUAUAUAUUGGACGUGAUUCCAUAAUACUAGACUUACGCCAGUGUAAAACAGCAUGUAAGUGUAAGACCAGAAUCAGAGUAAUUGUUAUUGCAAGACAAACUAUACAAACAUUGGCCAUGAGACAUUGAGCCUUUAUAUAGGUAUUGUUUUAAAUCAUAGGGACACAGAUUUGUUUUAAAUCAUAGAGGCUAUACCUUUCUCUUAUGCCCUCGCUUGUCUCCAUUCCCCUUCCAGUUUCUUAACUUUUUCUUUUCUAUAAUAUUAUAUUUCGCUGUUGCAUACAUGUAUUCAGUAAGGAUGCUUCCAACUCUCAGAUGCUCAGGUAUUUAUGUAUGAACCAUCACUGAAAGUUGUGAGGCUGCAUACACACAUGCACACGCACGUACAUGCAUAUAUCCUUUUGGUACACUACUGCUAUAAAGUCACUGAGAAGUUAUGUUAAUUAUUUUGGGGACUGGAAAAGGUUAAAAAGAAAUUCAAAAUGGCUUCAAAGAAAAUGACUAAUGAUGGCCACCACGGGCAUGCUCAAAAGGAUCUUAGGCUAUCCAGGGCCAAUGCAGUUACAUAGCGACCAGUGGGCACUGCUUGUUUCCAAACCAGUACUUUAGCAAUGGAGUCUUGACCAGCUUCCACUGACAUCAAAGGAAAGACUCCCAUUGGAUUGAAUUCUACCUUGAGACAGGCUCAGGCAUUCGAGGAUGAUGGUAACAUACCAAAGCUGGAGUUACAGUACAAGCUGUGAGAAUUGUUUAAUAUUUCAGCAUUUGGGGCUUUCCAAAUACCUGACAUUUCUGGAACAGGAAGGAUUCAUUUUUCAUCUCAAGUUGUAAAUAGGUGUAAUUUAGCCCCCAAAAGGGAAGAACAACAGACAUCUUUUCUUCUACAGUUUCAUCACGCCGUUUUUUUCUUUUUGGAGAAAUGUCAUUGCAAAGGAAUGACUAGGGGAUGUCACAGUUCCAGGAAAAAAGGGACUUAUUGAUGCACUCUUCAGGGAAUUAAAAAUUUGCACCAAGGUUAAUAAAAACCUAUGUGCAGGCAGCUCAUGGGUUUGUUGGUGGGUUUUGGGGGGUGUAGGUUUUUUUUUUGUUGUUGUUAAUUAAAAAAUACAUUAUAAAUCCACAACUCAUUUUGUACAGCUAUAAUAUUCUUAUUCAUGAAACCCAUAAUAACUAAGGUGCGAAUUACAUGGGAAAGGAGCAAUUUUCAUAUCACUGCAUUGACAUUAAUAUUUUGUUUGCAGAUGUAAUCAAAGAAAAUACCUUUAGCUGCACCUAACAAAUUAAGAGCCAGAACGGAAGCAUUUCAGGGCUGAUUGACCAUAUUAAUAACAAACUUACAGUUUUGAAGAGUAACUUGCAAAUUUUGCUCUCUCUCACAAUAAUAAAUAGUAAAAUGUGGUGCUUUCCCCUUCAGUCUCUGUAACAAGAGCUUCAUAAAGUUGCAUCACCCAAACCUGAAAAGAAAAAGGAGUGAAAUGAAAUGACAUGGGUUGGAUCCAAGCGAAGAAUUAAAGAAAAUGGAAAAUUGACUUUUACUGUAACUCCUGAAAAUGAUAUGUCCCCUCCUCGCUCAGCAUUUCGGUUGACCUUUAUGGCAAAGUCCUAUUGAAUGUAACAGUGAAUAAUAACAUUUCUGUAGUUGUUUUUUAAACCAUCCUAUAGUGAAUUUAAUAGAGAAUUUAGGGUCUGUCCCCCGACACUUUCACCAACUUUUUACUGGCAUAACUCCACUGGCUUCAGUGAAAUUAACCUGGAUUUGCACCACAUCAAAAAUCAUAGAAUCAUAGAAUAUAAGGGUUGGAAGGGACCUCAGGAGAUCAUCUAUGAGGUCAUUUUUCUAGAAAUCUGUAGGAUGACUGAUCCCAUAGAAAGUAUAUUGUUCUCCAUUAAAUCCUGCAGGACUUUGCUAUUAGGGUAGUGUCCAUGUAACAGCAUCUCACCAUCAUAUUGGAGUGUGGCCCCAGCCUUCAAUAAUUUCAGCAUUUUCCCACAGUAGAUUAGUUAGCUAUGUUAUAAUUUAUUUCAUGCAAAAAGUUAAGUGCUGGGUAGAUUUUUUAAAUAAGGACAUGACUCUUAAUCGGCUCCAUUUGCUAUACUGGUCAUUAGCCCUGGCACCUACGGUAAUUUUGAGCUUGCUAGCAUUACAUGCAGAAGAUUGUUAAACACUUAUCUGAACUGAAUCUACCAAAGUAUGGAAGUUCAGAGCGCAGGUGGCUAACUUCACUUUAUAUCACAUUCCAUCGUGCCUUAGAACUGGGUUUCUGAGCAUCUUCUCUCCAAAGUACACUGGGAGUGUGAUGUAUACAACAGAGCAUGGCACUGAUGUACAACUAUAGCUCUGAACUUCUGUGUCCUUGUAGGUUUCAGUCAGUCUGUCUGUCUCACUGAGUGGCAUAUUAGAAAGUGAUGAGAAUUAGCAACUGUAAUUAGGACAAGGGUCGUGGUCUAGUGAUCAGAGGAGGGAGACCAGAAGUUUGGAUUCCUGGGUUCUUUCAGUGCCCCGGCCACAGACUUACUGUGCAAUUUUGAGCACAUCAUUUGCUCUGUCUACCCUCUUCACAAUAGAGCUUGAUAAUUCUUACUAACUUCCCAGGGAAGGGAAGGGACUGAGUAAAGUAAUUUUAGAGUGGCCUACACUGCAGAAGUUCAAAUCCAGAUCCUCCCUUUCUGAAAAGUUUGGUUGGGUUUGUGGGUAUGGAGCAGCCCAUUCCAGUACCAAGAGCUAACCAGGAGGUCUAGAUCUGAACUUUUCCAUGUUUAGGGUGUUCUGUGAAUUUGGUGGUGUGGGGGCUCUUAGAUCAUUGCUUCUCAAGCAUUUUGAACUCCUUGGAUGGAAGGAGAAGGGGGAGUGUUGUUAUUAUACAUACAGCAGCUAAUUUUCCAACUUGAAAUAUCUGGGUAAUGUUGUUUUAAUUUGGUUUCUCCUCUCUAAAAUAACCAAAGCCAGUUGCCCAUUUGAGUGGGUGAAUAAGUGCCUGGAGUGUUUUUUUAAAAAUACAUUCAUAUGUGGUGCUUAAACUGAUACAAAUAUAUUUUGGAAGAUACACACACGCAUACCACACUCUGUCAUGUCAGAUUUUCAGACCUGAUACUUGCGGGUUUCAAAUAGAUCUUUAAUCAUGGCAUUGCCCUAAAGCACAAACAAAAUAUUGCUUAGCCACAAUCUAUCAUGUAUUUAUUACAUAUCCUCAUUUAUCUAUUCCAAAGAAGCCUUUUUUACCAAAGAGACCUUGUUCUUUUAAGGUACAUUUCUAAAGUCAUGAUAAAUACUCAUGUUGUUUGCUGACGCAUUAAUGUUCAGCAAUUUUCCUUUGACAAGGAAUGUGAAGAUCACCUAGACCUUUCUAUUUCAAUCCGUCGGUUUUUUGGUGGUGGUUCUUUGCCUUUUCUAGCAUUUGUGUGAAAUUAGGGCUUGAUCCCGUGUUUCAGGUCACCCCGUUGGGAGUUUGGGGUGCAAGAACAAACCCUUGUUUAAACCUUGGUUCAGGAAAGUAUUUAAGCGUGUAUUUAUUAUUCAGCACAUGCUUAAAUCCAUUCCUCAAUGGGACAUAAACAGAUGCUUGAAUUUACUACAUCAGAUUUGGUUGCCUUGGUUACAGCCAAAUCUCUAGUGACAUCAUGAAAGUGAAUGAUCUUAUUUUGUUAAUGUAAUUGCUUUAUUGUCAUUUAUUGUUUUAUUUUAAUUGUUGCCUGAAUGUUGCCUUUUAAAGCAGAAGACAACAUCACAGCUUUAGAUAAUGCACCUUUCAUUAUGAUUUUUUUUUAAAUAAUUGAUAGAUUUUUAUCACAGCUGCAAAACACUUGGGGAACGUCUUAGUCCCUGAGACACGGGGGAAGCAAAACGUUUGCCAGGGUGAGCUCUACACACAUUCAUCAGACUCUUAGGGCAGAAGCAGGAAUGAAGUGUGACAUAGGCCUUGGGUUAGCUCAUUAUCUGGGCGUGAAUUACACAUCCUACGAGCAUAAAAGAGUUCUCGGUAUAGAUAUUGUGUGUGGAGUAUGGCGCACGCAAUCACCAAUUAAAUCCAGUCUAGUAACACAUAUUUUGAGCCCUAAGCCUCCAACCUAGCUGAGUGUAGCAAAGUCUAGCUGGGGCUGCAAAGAGUGCUGGUUCUACAACAUAAUUUCCCUCUUCCGGCCUCAUGGAAGGUUCGUGGGAGUAGUGGGAAAAGGGAAAACAGAGGACAAUGCAGAGACCUCAGGAAAAUCCCAUCAUCAACAUCCAUGGGAGUGGCGGGGAAUCUUGUCACUUUGCUUUACUCUAGUUUAGGACGUACAAUUCUGUGAUGCCCCAUUUUCGUCUAGAAACUGAACAACUCAAAGGAGGGUUUUUUGGUUUUCGAAUUGCCUUUUGUUAAUGUCUGGUUCCCGUGGUUGAUUCUGUGGGCUGAUUUGAUAUUAGAUCAUCAAGUAAUGCUAAUCACGCUUUAUGUAGAUCUCAAAACUAUAAAUCAGGGUUGACACAUGAGGAUGUGUGCUGUGGAUUUCGGUGGUGAAAAUCUGCAUGGGAAACACUAGUCGCAUGUUGAUAUUUGUUUGAGGAUCUACUGCAAAGAAUGGAGAGGGCUACCUAAGGCCAUAUAGAAGUUAGUAAAGUAUGAAUUGAUAUAGAGACUCUGAGAACAGUACUUCUGUUAAAGCUGGUCAAAAUGUUUUACACUGAACUUCUAUUUUGUUGAAAGCUUGACGUUUUUUCUUCAAUACCUUUUGGGGGGAAUCGUCUAUUUUCUGUUUUCACAAUAUCCUUUACAGCAUUUGUUAUUAAUAGUUUAAUCAGUAUAUUGUUGACAUUUUUAUCCUAAUAGUUUUUGAAAUGAUUCUGUUUUUCAUUUACCAAAAAUGAAGUUUUCUUACUCAAAGCCAUUUUUAAUAAACAAAAGUUUUCGGUAAUGAUUUCAAAAACCAUAUGGUAAAAAAAAAUCCUGUAAAAGUGUCACAAAAAUGUUCAUGGAAAAUGGAUCCAUUCUGAUGUUAUGGAACAAACAAAUUUUGAAAAUUUUCACAAAAUUUUUCUUGUUUUCUGAUUCACUCUACUUCCUGUGCAGACACCAUUUUCCUAAUUACCAAAAAUCCGAAUAAUGUGACUUUUCUGGGAAUAACAGUGUUACUUCUGUUGGACACAGUUUUUGUCUUCUCCCUUCAAACCAUGCCCAGGCUGGUUAGGAAGAUGGUGACAGUGUCAGUUGUCCUUUGUUUCAAGCAGGGCCACCCAGAGGAUUCCGGGGGCCUGGGGCCAUCGGUGGCAGGCGGCUCCGGUGGACCUCCCGCAGGCGU